AUUUCUUGAAAUGGAGUCGACUCCUCCAAUUGCUUCGACCCCGAAGUUUGCAUUCGGGAUCAACGGUAACAUGCGGAACUGCAUCUUCUUCCUUGAUGACCAGAGAGUGAUCUACCCAUGUGGCCAUAAUGUGAUCAUCCUUACAAUUGGCGAUGACAAAACUCAGGAAUAUAUUCCUUGCAUUGAAGGAAGUGAAGGGAUUACAGCCAUGGCUUUAUCAUACAACAAAGCCUAUCUUGCAGUCUGAGAAAGGUCAGAGAAAGCUCUCUGCAGCAUCUACUCAUUUGACAAUAAGAAACGGAGGAAAAUCAUUUGCUCGGACAACCUGAAUGACAGAGAAUUUAUAUCUGUGGCGUUCUCUCAUCAAAACGAGAAGAACCACCUUGUAACCUUGACUGGAGGCCAAGACGGAAUGGUCAUUCUCUGGCAGUGGAAGAAAAGCAAGUGCAUCGCUUAUCAGAAAGUCGGUAUUUCUGAAGGUCAGACGCUCUACGACGUGUCUUUCAGCAUCCAAGACUUCAACUCGCUCAUCGUCACUGGUAACGGAGUCUACAAGUACUUCAAACUCAAAGACAAUGGACUCAGGCCUGAGCAUUCUGGGCUGAACCAGAAGCGAGAAUAUCACUUCAGCAACCACUUUACAUGCCACACUUGGCUUCCGGACGGUAAAGCCAUCGUUUGUACCGAUCAGGGAGAACUCCUGCUUCUGGAAUCCACCGGAGAACUCAAAAUGUUUCUGUCCUGAAGCCCAGGAGAUGGCUUCUACAUCGAGAGCAUCACCACAUAUUCGAAAGGGUUCAUGAUUGCAGGUGACACUGGACAAAUCAUGGUCUAUGAGAAAACUGAUGAGCCCAAGAAACCGUUCGCUUACGUUGCAACUUGGCCAAAUGAAGACCCUAAGAAAGAAAAGAAGUACUCUGAAUUGUUGCUUUCGAUUAUGGCCAGCAGAAUAAAAUGCAUUGCUCUUUCAAGCAACGAUGAUACCCUUGUGUUCUCAACUGAGAACAACCAGCUUAUGAAGGUCAACGUGAACCUGGAGAAAUCAAGUGAGUCCUCGAUCAAAUACGAAUACUUGAUUUACCCAUUCCAUUCGAAAGCCAUUACAGGACUCGAUGUAUGCAUCAAGAAGCAUCUUGUGGCAACAUGUUCUGCUGACAAGACUGUCCGGAUCUGGAACUACGGAGGCCAAACACCCAAACUUGAAAUAUGUGAGACCUUCCAAGAAGAAGCCAAUUCAGUUGCAUUUCACCCAUCAGGAUAUCACAUUGUGGUUGGCUUUACCGACAAAAUCCGGAUGAUGAAUGUGUUUUCUGAGAAGAAACUCAGCACUUUCAAAGAAAUCCUGAUUAAGUCUUGCAGAGAGAUCCAGUUUUCAAACGGAGGCCACUUGUUUGCUUGUACAAACAGUGACAUCAUUCAGGUGUAUAACUUCUACACCGGAGAGAACCUCCCAACCAUGAUUUUCCAUGAGCAUGAAAGCAAAGUCAGGUGCAUUUCAUGGGCUGAAGAUGACAGCUACUUUGCUUCAGCUGGCUGGGACGGCAAAAUUUACGUUUGGAACAUCAAGAGCAAUACCAAGCCAGAAUACAGCUUUGAAAGCAAGGGAACCAACUUCACUUCAGUAGCCAAAAUGCCUCACCACAACACGUUGUAUGCAGUCAGCUCAGACAGAAUGAUUCGAGAGCUUUCGUACAAAGUAAAGGAAGAUAAGAACGACGCAUCCGUAGCUGCUCACAUUUCGACUGAUAAGAAGGAAACGGAGUUCCCCAUCGAAGCCCGAGAAGUCCUCAGGUUCGACGCCAACCCCACCAAGUUUUCGCAAGUUGUGCUGCUUAACGGAGGCAGAGGCAUGAUCGUGGGAACCGCAGACGAGUCAAGGCCAGGCAUGAUCAUGAUAUUCAGGCCGGACAUGGAGCGGGCUUGAGACAUCCAAGCACACUCGCAGCCAGUGGAGCGACUGAAGCUGAGCUUCGACAACCAGACUUUGUUCAGUGCUGGCCAAGAUGGCACAUUCUUCAUUUUCAACUUAGAAGAUCCUCUUUUCAAGAGUCAGAAAGAGCCACCUCAAAUUCAGCCAUCUGAGGAAAUUUUAUGAGAAAAAGCUGAACUCAGAGAACUUUUACAGGCUAUUGAACAUCUUAAACGUGAAAACGAUAGUCUGACUCAACUUAAAGAAACUGAAAAGAAGCGUAUUGAAGCUGUGAACAAUGAACAAAUUGAGAAGCUCAAAGAAGAUAGAGAUAAAGCUAAAGAGGCUGCUAAAGCUAAACAGAAACAAUUAGUUGAUGAAAUUGCAGAGCUCGAAGCAAGAUACAAAGACCAGAUAGAAAAGAAGAAUCUCUCAAAUCAAGACGAGCUUGAACGUAGAGAGAAAGAUUUCCAAGAGAAGAAGCAACAAGACAUGCUUCGUUACAAAGAACUAGAGCAAAAGAUGAAGGAAGAGGAGGAAAAGAUCGAAGCUCAGAUUAAUAGACUUCACCUCGAACAUGAAGAAGCUCUUGAGAAAUUAAAACUAGACAAUGAGAAGGAAAUCAGGAAAAUGAAAGAUCGUGCUGCAGAACUUAUGGAACAAAAGAUGAGCAUGGAGAAGGAGAAUAAGACUACUAGGGACGAACUAGAGAAUAUGUACUGGGAAGAGAUCGAUGAAAUGAAGGAGAAGAAUAAGAAUGAACUUUAUAAGCAGACCAAGCUAGGUCUUGACGCUAAGUCAGAACUGACUACUAUAUCAGCGAAGUGUACAGAAGCCAAGACUGAUAAGGAAGGCAAGGAACAGGAGAUUAAGGAGAAUGAAGAGAAGUUGAAUAAUGAAAUUCAGAACCAGAGAGCAUUGAAGAGUGAGAUUGAGAAUCAGAUUAAUGAAAUUGCAGAGAGGAAAAGAACUAUUGCUGAUAAAGAAACCAGGAUUUUCCAGUUGAAGAAGAAAACUCAGGAGUUGGAGAAGUUCAAGUUCGUGCUUGAUUAUAAGAUUAAGGAGCUUAAGAGAGAUAUUAACCCCAAAGAAGCAGAGAUUAAUAAGCUCAAUGAACAAACCACCAAAAUGGACCAAGAGUUGAAGCAUUUUACUAGAGUCAAUGAGAACCUUGCUUUGAUUGUUGAUGAUCUCCGUAUGAGACAAGAAGGGCUCCAAAAAGAAGUCGAAGGCCAGAAUAAGAAGAUUGAAAGUCAACAGAAGUACGUUAAGAAGUUCAAUGAUGAUCUCUUUGACUGAGUCAACAAUCUUAGCAACAAGAAAGCACUUAAGAAGGAUAUUAUCAACCUUCACAAGAAAUAUAUUUUAGAAGAAGCCAGUUCUAGUAAAGGUAGCAAGAUGGAAGGAGAGGCUGAUAUUCAGAAGAAAUAUGCUGCAAAGAGAAAAUAUCUUGAGAAGAGUGUCAAUUAUCUUAGAAUCAUGAUUGCAAAAGACUCUAGCAAUCAUAAGCAAGAAUACACUAGGUAUAUGAAGGAGAAUGUCACAUUGCUCCAGGAAAUUAAUGAUUUAAGAAAAGAAGUUAAGACUCUCGAAGCAACCUUUAAGAGUCAGAAAAAGAGACAGAAAGACACUAUGGGAAGCAGGUUCUCUGCUCGUGAUGAAAUAGGAGGCUCUCAACACGGAAAUAUGGACCCAGAAACUGUCAAAGAACUCAACAUGCAGGACAACAUUCUUCAGAAUCUAACCAGAGAACUUGCAGAAAUCAAAGAAGACAAUGACAACCUGCAGACCAGAGCUAGGUCUUCGAGAGGUGCCAGGAACCUCGCUCCAAUUCCAAGGCCAGAAGACAACAAAGAAGAAGAUCCUGUCAUCAACGAAUCAGAAAAGAGGCUGGACGACUUCAGAGACGAAGAGGAGGCACAGAGAUAAG